AUGGCCACUGUUGAGGUUGAAGCACAGCAAGUAGUACCAACAAUUGUGACAGAAAAUGAAACAGUUGAAGUAACCAAGGUGGACGAAACAACACCCGCCUCCGAGGUUUUAGUCUCAGAACCAGUCACUACGGAACAACCAAAAGAAGAAGCUGCCGUAGAAGCAGCAGUAGAGAAAGAAGCAGAAACUGAAGUACCAGUUGAAGUGGAGACUACAGAAGUAGCAGAAGAAGCCAAGCCAGAGGUAGAGAACCCGACAACCGAAAAAGUUGAAGAAGUGAAAGAGGAAGCAACAACUGAGGAGGCUAAAGAAACUACUGAAACAGAACCAGCAGCAGCACCAGUUGAAGAGAACAAAGCAGCUGAAACUGCAGUGGAAGAAGUCGCUGCAGAAGUCACCACAGAAGCAUAG